AUGUUCAGGUUCUUAAAGGCAAUGCGUGUUAGGAGAUCUUAUCUUUGGAUUAGUGUUUUGUUAUUUGAGAUGUUAGGGUCGGGGUGGCUGAAUAUGAAGGUGGCUUGUAUUGAUGAUGCAGAGCAUCCAGAGCAAUCGAACUCUUCUCUCUCUAAUCCAAUAAUACCCACUCCCACAGCACAAACACCGCCUUAUCCAAUACCACCAGAACCUACAACAAUACCUAGUCAAUUAGCCCAGCGACUAGUAGACUUAAGCGUGAUUAGGAACCCACACAAACACACCUGGAUGCUCCACCGAACCCAAUACAAUACUUUCCAGUGGCUUCUUACGCUUAAUCCAGAGCAAACAAUUCCAAACAAUGACCCAGCACUUGGCCCAACCCAAUACAUUAUUGCUCCUAGGUGGUGGAAAGAAAGCGACUACAACAGCUGUUACCAGGAUCUGGCUCCCCUGCAGAGGAUCGUAAGUACCAGGCGCAUGGAGAUUCUAGACAUAGAGCUGAAACACGGCCGUACAGCCUUGAAGCUACUUCGUUUGCUGCUGCACAUUCUAGACACACCCCGAUUAGACGUAUACCUGAACAGACAGCCCCAGCACAGCAAAGACCCUCGUUUCGACUUGACGCAUGCUGACGUAAAUUGCCUAUUCGACGAUCUACCAGAAGGCAUAAGAGACCGAAGAACUUAUUUAUGCAUGCAGCUGCCAAACACCGCCGAUUCCGGGAUAGAUAUCCUCUGGUUGGCCAUCCAAGCGUACGAAUGGGUUGACUUAACAUUAAGAAGUGCUUGGGCUAGGCUUAUCGCUCUUUGGUAG